UGAACUGCACGUGGCUUAGUAUUUGCCUCUUGGGAGACACUGCUGAACCUGCGCACAGAUUUUUAGCUGUGGAGGAUAAACUCUUCCAUGCCAUCUGAAGGAAAGACAGCUUGAAACCUGGUGUGUGGUGCCAGCUGUUCUCAUUCCACAUGUAACUGGAAGGUGAGCAAAAUGCUGACAGGCUCUGGAGCAAGUGGGGUUGAUUUGUCAAGUUCUUAGGUGAGCAAAUGCUGGAAAAAGAAACCAAGUGAUUUUUGAACUACUGGUGGUUAGUGAGUCCAGCUGCUCUUCUCGGUGAUCCAGAAUUGGACACUUGUUGCUGCUCUUCUCAGCUGAUAGCGGUGCCAUUGCCUGAAGUUGAGACGAAGUGGAAUCUUCUGGAGAAGACAAAGUGACCAGGAUCCUUUACAGAAGCCCCGGUGUGUGAGCUCUGAGCCAGAGAGGGUUUAGUAUGUCUUCAUCAGUGAAGUCCUGCAUCCUGACCCCAGCAUUCAGAAGGUGACAAUUAAACUCAAGGAGCACGGGUCACUCACACCAAGGAUCACCACAUUGUUGUGAAGGUCAAAAUUUACCUUGCUAACUUGAAUUAGCGUUGUUUUAACCAUCGUGUAGAAGACAAAUAUGAUGCCGAACAGAAGUAACCUCUCCUCCUUUCAGAAUGUUGGAUCAGAUUCCAGUAAGAUUAUGGCAGAGUAUAGCCACACACAAAACCAGAUGGAAUUACAAAAUGCUAGUUUGGGAAAGGGUUCUGUGGCAAAUUCCCUUGAAAAUGGUCUCCAGGAUAUUAUGGAAAACCUCAACCCGAAGAAAUAUUCAUCAACUCUCAAAUUUAAAACAAAUGGGGACUAUGCUGGCUCUUAUUUAACCCUUUCACAACCUCUGCCAGUUAAGCCCCAUCCUUCCUCCAGUGUUAAAAGUGCACACUCCAUUACCAAAAUUCAAGGAGUCAAGCAGUUCCCCUGUGAAAGCCCAUAUCUUCCAGAAAAAAGUAUGUCUGUAAAGCAUUUGGGUUCUGUAUCGGGCACAUCUCCAUCCCUCAGCGGAUACGGUUUAGGAAGGACAGACUUUGAUAUUCAUGCCAGCAGAGAAAACGAAAAAUCCCUUGGACACAUGGAUAAGUUUCACUACUCAAAGUACAGUCAGAAAAACAAAUCAUAUGACAACGUCUACUUCCCGGGAAUGCUGGAGACGAGGAAGAUCUCAGGCUCUCUUCUGACCAUGUGGAAUGGAAGCUCAGGGAAUGAGCUGAUGCUUUCACCUGCUAGCAAUUCAGGGGCAGCCAGCAUGCCUUCUAGCCCAAAGCAAGGCAGGAGGAUGAAUGUUGAGGACAGCCUGGCCCUCCACAUGAAACCAGUUAAACACAAGGAUGUGGUGAUGGAGAACCUGGGUUCACGGCCUAGGAAAUACUCUGGUGGAUCUCUAAGUCAUAUGGGAAUGUACAGUCGUUCCCUACCCAGACUUUAUAAAUCAACGGAAAGCCAGCUGGUGCCAUUAAGUUUGCCCCCCAGAAGCUCUCUGGGUAAUAUUAAAAGGAAAAAACUUGGAGAAAAAGAUCUACCUCAGAAUGCUUUAGAUGCUGAUAAUUACCUGAAUUUUUCUUGCAGCUCAGGGGUUUCACCACAUGCAAAUUCUGUAGGGAAUAAUCCCUAUGUCAGUUCAACUCUUAAUGUUCCUGCAAGCCCUCGAAUUGCUAAGAAAAUGCUUUUAGCACCUUCUUCCCCAUAUCUUCCUGAUGAUUUCGAUAGACUUGGACUCUCAGGAACAAGUCCCAGUAGUUCUUUCUCCCCCGUGGAUUUUGACCGGUCGUUCUCUGCCCGAAGAAACCUUUCUAAUAGUUCUGUGGAACUCGAUGAUCCAGAUCUGGAAAGUUACAGACAAACGCCAAACUCACUGCAAACGUCCAUGCGAGAGCGGAAGAACAGCAUUAGCUCAAUUUCGGGAAGAGAAGACCUGAUGGACUAUCACAGGAGGCAGAGGGAAGAGCGGCUUCGGGAGCAGGAGAUGGAACGGCUGGAGCGACAGCGGCUGGAGACAAUCCUCAAUCUGUGCGCAGAGUACUCCAAAUCUGACAGCGACCCCGCUGCAGCUACGACGGUUGCUGAUGUUCAAAAAAUUAACAAAGAACUCGAAAAACUUCAGCUCUCCGACGAGGAUUCAGUGUUUGAAGACUCCCAGAUGAAUCUGGAAACGAGGUUCAGAAGCCCCUUGAAAUCAUCUGCAAGUGAUUCGGAUUUCUCGGAGCUGAGCAGCCACAGCCGUGGCACUGGUGCUUUCCUCCCCGCCCGGGCUCUGAGAGCUGACGAGCAUUUUGGCGAAGGUGCGAAGCCUCCACCUUUCGCUGCUCCCGGCUUCCUGAAAGAUGCCACCGAAUCAUCCUACCUAAGCAUCACACCAAAGAUACCAGAAUGCACAAGUGAUGAGCAAAGAGGGCAGGAGCUUGUUCGACUGGAGGAGGAGCGCAUAGUAAUACUAAAUAACUUGGAAGAACUUGAGCAGAAGAUCAAAGAUUUAAAUGACCAGAUGGAUGAAUCCUCCAGAGAGUUGGAUAUGGAAUGUGCCCUUUUGGAUGGGGAACAGAAAUCUGAAACAACAGAGCUGCUGAAAGAGAAGGAAAUAUUGGAUCAUCUAAACAGAAAAAUAGCUGAGCUGGAGAGAAAUGUUAUUGGUGAAAAGACAAAGGAAAAAUUAAAACUUGAUGCUGAGAGGGAAAAACUAGAGAGGCUUCAGGAGCUUUACUCCGAGCAGAAGACGCAGCUUGAUAAUUGCCCUGAGUCCAUGAGGGAACAAUUACAGCAGCAGCUGAAGAGGGAUGCUGAUCUGUUGGACAUAGAAAGCAAACACUUUGAAGACCUGGAAUUUCAGCAGCUUGAACAUGAAAGCAGGUUAGAUGAAGAGAAAGAAAAUCUGACACAACAGCUCCUGCGUGAAGUAGCUGAAUAUCAGCGUAGCAUUGUCAGUAGGAAGGAAAAGAUAUCUGCUCUCAAAAAACAAGCCAAUCAUAUUGUCCAACAAGCACAAAGAGAACAAGAUCAUUUUGUAAAAGAGAAAAACAACUUAAUAAUGAUGCUGCAAAGGGAAAAAGAGAAUCUCUGUAAUCUGGAAAAGAAAUAUUCCACACUUUCUGGAGGAAAGGGAUUUCCUGUUAGUCCCAAUAGUCUAAAAGAGGGCUAUAUCAGUGUAAGUGAAAUUAGUGAGCUGUAUGGCAAUUCCACGAAUAUAUCCCCUUCCACUCAGCCCCCCACAGAUGCUGAAGCAGUUGCCACUGAGCCUUCCACGGCUGUGCUGACCAGCCAGCCACAAAAUAAAGAGCUAAGAUCACCUCUCUGUUCUGGAUUUGUGUUUCCUCACUCUCUUUCUCCUCGCUCUAUUGCUCAACUUCCAUCAGUCCAUUGGCCUGAGGUCAUGGCUACUCAUGUAGAUCCUAUUCCUUUAUCUGAUACACCUCCACCUCUGCCAGCUAAGAAACACCGCAGGCAACAACAGCAUUUCAGAAAUCUGGAAGAACGAAAGAAGCAGCAGAAGGAAUGCAUGUACAUGAGCGAUACUUUACCUCGCAAGAAAACGAGUCCGUCUGUCUCGCCACACUUCAGCAGUGCUACUCUGGGACGAAGCAUUGCAUCUAAAGGACAUUUACCGCUGGGACAGAGCAACAGCUGUGGCAGCGUGCUCCCUCACUGCCUGGCAACCAUGACCAAAGAGUCAGAGUCAAGAAGGAUGCACAAAGGGUAUAACCAUCAGCGUAUCUGUGAAACCCAAAGGCAGAAGUCUCCUGAAUUCUACAGCAGGACAGCAUCUGAAUCGAAUGUGUAUUUGAACAGUUUCCACUACCCAGAUCGUAGCUACAAGGACCCUGCCUUUGAUACACUGAGCUUAGACAGUUCCGACAGUAUGGAGACAAGCAUAUCGGCAUGCUCACCAGAUAAUAUUUCCAGUGCUAGCACUUCAAACGUUGCGAGAAUAGAAGAGAUGGAGAGGCUUCUUAAACAAGCACAUGCUGAAAAGACUAGGCUGCUUGAGUCCAGGGAACGAGAGAUGGAAGCUAAAAAACGAGCUCUGGAAGAAGAGAAGCGCCGCAGAGAGCAACUAGAAAAAAGACUGGAAGAAGAAACUAGCCAGAGGCAAAAAUUAAUUGAAAAGGAAGUAAAAAUACGUGAGAAACAAAGAGCACAGGCCCGUCCCUUGACUCGCUAUUUGCCCAUUAGGAAGGAAGACUUUGAUCUACGAAGUCACAUUGAAACAGCCGGUCACAACAUAGAGACCUGUUACCACGUCUCCCUCACAGAGAAGACCUGCCGAGGCUUUCUAAUUAAAAUGGGAGGAAAAAUUAAAACAUGGAAAAAACGAUGGUUUGUUUUUGACAGAAACAAGAGAACUUUUUCUUAUUAUGCAGACAAACAUGAAACUAAGUUAAAAGGUGUAAUAUAUUUUCAAGCUAUUGAAGAAGUCUAUUAUGAUCACCUAAAGAAUGCGUAUAAGAGUCCCAACCCGUUGCUCACUUUCAGUGUUAAGACACAUGACCGGAUAUACUACAUGGUGGCUCCUUCACCAGAAGCCAUGAGGAUAUGGAUGGAUGUCAUUGUCACAGGCGCAGAAGGCUACACCCACUUCAUGUUAUAAUAAAAGGGGGCAAGAGGGCAAACUGCAAUAACGUAACAGAUGAAAUUAGCCAUAUGUAGUGAAAUCUCAAAAGCCAGUGAAUAUUCAGAAAUAUCCUCCUUAUGAUGUGCACCAGAAACCUCGGAAUGAGAUGGUUUUACAAAUGCAUUGAAAAGGGGGGCUUGUUACUUGUUUUAGUUGAUCUUUGUAGGAAUGAAAGAGCUAAAGCUGUUGAGAGAAUCAUAGUGCUCCAAAAUGGAUAAUCAGGCAAUUAAAAUUACAGCAUCUUGAGUAAAUUACAAUCUUCUACAAAUUCUCUUAUAUGGAGAAUAUCUUCAAAGUCAUACUAAACAGUUUACAAAUGUGUGUGUUCUCAACAGUAUGCAAAAAUUCUAAUAAUGGAACAAAAAGAUGUAAUAAGCAUAUAUUUUAAUAUGCAGCAUUUGGCAUUUAUAGAUGAUUAGGUGACUUUUAAAAACUUUUUGUGAAUUAUUUUAUAAAAAUAUAAACAAAAAAAGCAUCCCUAAGGUACACACUUGCCUUAGUAGUCAAAUAGUACAACAGAGCCAAAGACUUAACGAUUCCCUUAUCAUAAUGUUUUCAUAUUGUUAGUUGUACCUAACUUUCUGGAAGGGGACAGUGCCAAAACUCUUCAAGACUUUUAAUGUAAUUAAAUUGUUACGAUAUUCUGUGUGUUCAAACACUCAGUGACACCAGCUGCAUGUUUGAAGUUUGCAUCAACAGAAAAAGAGAUGCUCAACAGAAAAAGAGAAGGAUAGCUUUAUAAAGAUGCAUUUUUCCACAAGGAUAUGAAAACACAUCUAUUAAAUUCCUCAUAAGGAGAGCUUUUUUAAUCUUCCCUGUUGAAUAUAAUGAGCUGAUACUAGGCCCUACAGCAAUUUUCUUUUCUGUAGUAAGGUCCCAGUGUAGUUCUGACCUCAUUCUGUGCCAAGUUAACACUUUACUGAAACCUCUCAAAUGUCGGUCCUCUUGAAGCCAGCAUCAAAAACUCUACCUAUGCCAAGAUUUCAGCCCCAGAGGGUUUUUUUGAAGUGUAUAUCUGCACAGAAUAAUGCUCAAAGAAAAGGAGACAAGUUCUAAGUGUUUACACCAAGCAGUGUAUGAAUAAGAAACGCUGAAAAUUUUAAGUGGCAGAGACUGAGAUUCCUAAAGCAACAAAAAUACCAAGGGUGCAGUGGUUUCCCAUUUUAAAAUGACUUCCAAGUCCUUGAGUAAUAUUGCAAAAACAUAAAUUAUUUAAUUGAACUGGACCUCAAAAGAGUAUCUUAUAAUAUGACUUUAAAGAGGUUCUAUUACAGUAUUCAAAACGUGCUAUGUGGUUUGUGUAAUAGAAGAAAGCACAUUAGCCAUUCUUUUUUCUUGAUGACAAGUUAAUGGGUUUUGAUGGAACAAACCAAGAGCAAAAUAGAAGUAUGUUGGCAGAAUAAUUUUGUUACAUUUUUUUAAACCCUGUAUAUGUAAUGAACAAGUUGAAUUUUUUUGUGGUAUACACAGGUGAUAUGGUUGCUCUAGCAGGACAAAGAUCAGUUUUGACUUGAGUCAUGAAAGAAGGGACUGUUAUUGCAAGAAAGUUGUUAUAAUCUGUGCAGACCACAGCUUGUAAUCUAAUGAUUUAAAACACUAUGAGAAAUAAAUUGCCUUGGUUUAUAUAAUUAUUAUUUUCCCUGAUGUAUCUUGAUUUUACUCCUAAGUAUGGUUAUAAAGGUUUUCUAAUAAUGAUUUUUGUAUCCUGCAUGAUGCAAUGAAGGCAUUUCAAUAAACAUUUUUAAAAAUA